AACAAAGUAGAAAUGGAACCUCAAGAAUCAUAAGCAACAGGGAACCCUUGAAGCCAAAGUCUCACUGUCAUCUACCUGUGCAGCCUUAUCUUUUAAGCAAAACUUCACCCCCAAAUGCCCCCACCUAAAAUUCUUUUUCUUGUUUUAAACUCCUCUAGGAAUUCAAAACCUCUAAUUUCUUGCUUGGAAAACCCGAUUUCUCCUUCGAUGGGGUCCUUCCAAGCACUGAAUGGAACAGGAAGUUCUGCAUUGCUUGAGACAUCGUGUGGAUAUUUGCUACAAGAGUUAGAGAUGAUAUGGGAUGAAGUCGGAGAAGAUAAAUUUGAAAGGGAAAAGAUUCUACUGGAAUUAGAACAAGAAUGCCUGGAAGUUUAUAGAAGGAAAGUAGAUACUGCAAACAUUUCACGAGCUCGACUACAUCAACAACUGGCUGAAUCUGAGGCCGAAUUUACACAUCUUCUUCUGUCACUUGGUGAGAGAUCACUCCCCGGACGUCCGGAGAAAAUGACUGGAACACUAAAGGAACAGCUAAAAUCAAUCAGCCCUGCUCUAAAAGAGAUGCAAUUUAGAAGAGAAGAUAGAGUAAAGCAAUUCCGAGUGGUACAAGGACAAAUUCAAAAGAUUUCAGCAGAAAUAGCAGGUCAGCCGGUAUAUAAUGAUUCAUUCUCAAAUGUUGCGGUAAAUGAGAAUGAUCUUUCAUUAAAGAAACUCGAGGAGUAUCAGAAUGAGCUCGAGAGACUUCACGCUGAAAAGAGUGACAGACUCCGAAGAGUGGAGAAUUAUAUAAGCAUCAUCCAGAGCUUGGCAGCCACAUUAGGAAUGGAUUCUUCCCAGAUCAUCACAAAAGUACACCCGAGCCUUAAUGAGUUAUCAGGGCUGUCAAAGAACAUCAGCGAUGGUAUUCUGGAGAAGCUCGACAGCACUGUCAACUCGCUUGAAGCAGAAAAGCAUAUGCGCCUGGAGAGGCUUCAACAACUUGGUAAAGCGUUGGCCAACCUGUGGAAUCUCAUGGACACGCCUAGUGAAGACCGUCAACAUUUCUUUCACGUCACUAGUUUGUCAUCAAUUUCAUCGGCUGAGAUAUUCACUCCCGGAGGCCUAACUAUCAGCAUAGUGCAGCAGGUGGAAGCUGAAGUCAAUAGGCUGGAUCAGUUAAAAGCGAGCAAAAUGAAAGAGUUUUUCUUCAAAAAACAGGCUGAGCUCGAGGAAAUCUGCAGUCGAUCGCACAUGGAAAUUCCUUCUAAAUCAGAAAUGGAGAAAAUAAUUAACCAACUAAAUUCUGGGGAGAUUGACCAUGCCGAUCUCCUCACAAGCAUGGAUGAACAGAUAUCCAAAGCAGAAGAAGAAGCUUUUAGCCGGAAGGCCAUAAUGGAAAAAGUUGAAAAAUGGAUCUUAGCACGCGAUGAGGAGCGAUGGCUGGAAGACUAUAACAGGGAUGAGAACCGUUAUUCAGUCAGCAGAGGUGCUCACAAGAACCUCAAAAGAGCAGAACGUGCAAGAAUAAUGGUUAAUAAGAUACCAGCUUUGGUGGAUUUGCUGAUAUCCAAGACUAAGAGCUGGGAAGAAGAAAGAAAGAAAAUUUUUGUGUGACACUAGGUUCCUCUAUUGGCAAUGCUGGAAGAGUACAAUAUGCUGAAGAAGGAAAAGGAAGAGGAGAAACAAAGACAAAGGGAACUGAAGAAGGUCCAGAGUAAAGUAAACAUUGAGCAAGACAUUCCCUUUGGAUCAAGGCCAAGCACUAGUAAUCGACGUCUAUCAGAUAGAAGCGUGAAUGGAGUUUUUGGCAACGCUAGCCCCUUGCAUCGAAAGGUUUCCCUCAGCAUACAACAGAUGGGAUCAACUAACGUCAACUCAUCUACAGGAGGAAAGAAAUCACGAAGACAAAGGAUUUACGCUCAAACAGGCUUCGGUUCGCAUCUUAGAGAUGACACAGUUUCAGUUGUCUCGUCAUUUUCGGGGCCCUUUUCACCAUAGGAUAUGAACAAUGACCCUACAACUUCCAUGAGUCGUGACAGAGGAGAAACAAGAACAAAAAUUUUCGAUAGUAAUAAAAAAUUUAUCUACAAAUGAAUAAUUCUGCUUUGUUUUCAGUUGGUACAGUAUCUUUAGAGUUAAUUCUGCUUUGUCAAUAGUUUUUGUUUGCUUCAUUUUGAAGGAAAAAUACAGAAAUUGAAAGAUCUUCCUCUUCA